GGCUCGGCGGGCGGUGUCCGGACGCAGGUGCCGGGCUGAGGCGAGCGAGCGGCGCUUGACGGGCCGGGCCGGGCCGGGCUGGGGACACGGGCCAGGAAGCAGCAGAGGGGCCUGCUCGGCCGCCCGGCCCGGCCGCGGAUCAGGCUGCUGGGACCAUGGGCCUCGGGCCCUGAGGAUGACGCGGCUCCCUGUGGCCAUGACGACAGGCGACUGCUGCCACCUUCCUGGCUCCCUCUGCGACUGUUCUGGCAGCUCCUCCUUCUCCAAGGUUGUGGAAGCCACAGGCCUCGGGCCACCGCAGUAUGUGGCGCAGGUGACCUCUAAGGAUGGCCGACUCCUCUCGACCAUCAUCCGGGCUCUGGAUGCGCCAAGCGACUGUCCCUUCUGCCGGAUCUGCCACGAGGGGGCAAACGGGGAGAGCCUUCUGUCUCCAUGCGACUGCACGGGCACGCUGGGCGCCGUCCACAGGAGCUGCCUGGAGAAGUGGCUUUCGUCAUCCAACACCAGCUACUGCGAGCUGUGCCACACGGAGUUCGCCGUGGAGAAGCGGCCCCGGCCCCUCACAGAGUGGCUGAAGGACCCGGGGCCGCGCACGGAGAAGCGGACGCUCUGCUGUGACAUGGUGUGCUUCCUGUUUAUCACGCCGCUGGCCGCCAUCUCAGGCUGGCUGUGCCUGCGCGGGGCCCAGGACCACCUGCGCCUGCACAGCCGGCUGGAGGCCGUGGGGCUCAUCGCCCUCACCAUCGCCCUCUUCACCAUCUAUGUCCUCUGGACGCUGGUCUCCUUCCGCUACCAUUGCCAGCUCUACUCCGAGUGGAGAAGAACCAACCAGAACGUGCGCUUGAAGAUCCGGGCUGUGGAUGGCCCGGAGGGCUCCCAGCACUCGGCGCUGGCCACUGGACUGCUCAAGAAAACAGCUGAGGAGACGCCCGUAUGAGGACCUGGCUGGCAAGGGGUCCUGGCUGUGCACAGAGGCCAGAGGUGAUGCUCUGGCCACCUGGAAGGACGGAGACUGCCUGCCCCUUCUCCCAAGGCCAGAAAGCUUCCCAGGCCAAGCCGAGCCUCUUCUAUGAUCCAGUGUGAAUACAUACAUAUAUAUAUAUAUAUAUAUUUUUAGGGUUUUUUUUUUUUGGCAUAUUAUCAUAUAUGACCAGGACAGCUGGAUGCCGUCCCGAGCUGUGCUUGGAACCAGCACCCUGAGUCAUGUUGCGGCCCACACUGGGCACCGGUCCUGGCCCAGCAGGUGUGGGCCAUGUGUCAGGGGCGUCCUUUUUUGGGGCUGGAAGGUUCCAGCAAACUUCUUCAGUUUCCCACGCACCUGGCAGGC